UGAACGGCUUCCACCCUAAUUAUUGUUGCAAACUCUCAAGCUCAUUGCCCACAAUAUGCUCAAAUACUGGAUAAUUUGAGGCCACGCAAGUCGUGAUUUGGUCGGCGUAGGCAGUUUUGGACCGAUUUACUGGCCUGCACCCCCGGUCACAGCACCCCUGACAAUUUAUGUAGGUCAAUAUCAUCAUAGCACGACCUCCAGCUCCACGAACAUACACAUUUCAUCAGAACAUACGUGAGUUCGCAUUUUUAAGUUGGUGUCUAAGUUGACAGCAUAUAGUACGUGCCACGUACGGUGUUGAUGUGCCAGUCUCCGAACGUUUUAAUGUUGAGUUGCUGAAAAUGGCGGAUUCUAAACCCAAACGCCUCGCCCUUUGGUCCACUGCGCGUUGCUUGUCUACUGCCAUGGUAAUGAGCUUCGGUAACUAUGGCAACGUGGAAGUCUUCAAUGAGCUGUAUGCGGGAGCAGCCAGUUUCGGCCCGGACGCCACCAUUCAUAUUCCCCUGCCGAUAAAAGUGGAUGACGAGAUGUCGUAUGCUGAAGUCAAGGCGCUCCUAGAGGCCGACUAUCCAACCAGGGAUCUUGUUUUUAUCAAGGACCUCGCCAGUAACGUAACGGGGUGGUACGACAAGCUGCCUACUGGUUACACGCACGCGUUCAUCAUCCGCAACCCGGAGAAGACCGUCAGCUCUAACAUGCGACUCACGGAGCGCACGGGGUUGACUGCGGAUCAGUACGUGCAGUUUGUCAAAUCGACAGGAAUGACGGGCGGCGGAUUUGGAGACCUGGUCAAGUUGGCAGAGCAUCUGGAAUCUUGGCUGGGUAAACCUCCCGUGAUCUUAGAUGCAGAUGACCUCCAGCGUGACCCUGAGAAGAUGCUGCGUGCAUUCUGCAAGGCCCUGGACCUCCCGUUCCGAGAAUCUCUCCUCAAGUGGGAGCCCAUCACGGAGAUACCUUGGAACAACUCCAAGGCCAUGCUCGCCUUCCACAAGAUUAACGGGGCUUACGAAAACGCCCUCAAGAGUUCGGGUUGGGUAGCCAGCGACCCCAAGCCCGUUGAUCUGAGUGGUCUGCCGCAGGUACUUCGUGAGUUAAUCGACGAGGCGCGGCCAUUCUACGAAAUCCUUCAUGGAAAGCGUGUAAAGCCAGAAAACUAGUUGACUUGGAUCAAUUCCGAUCUUGUGUGCACUGCAAAAUGAUAGUCUUAUGACAGUUAGAGGAAGGCCUGCGCAGUAUAGUAGCACAUCCAGUACACACUGCAUUUAGAAUUUUAGAUGUAGUACCGGUAUAUGGAGAACUUUGAAUUCUUGUAACUGUCAGUGUUUCCACUCUAAAGAACAUAUUUUGUAACUUAACUAACUCGUGACUGGAUGAAUAAUUUCGUAAUAAAUGUUUGUUUGACAAACUAGUGCUUCUCAUGAUACAUAGACCAUCACUAGGAUUUUCAGAUCAUUAAGACAUUGUUACCAUUCAGUAAUUUGAGUAACUCAGCAAAGUAGACGGGUCACCUUAAAAUAGGGAAACAAAUGAAGCACAGUUUAAACAUUUCAAGGAUUUAAACUGUAAUUUACGGCCUGGCAUUGUCUAGCUUAUAUGAGGAGGAUGAAAAUAUAUUACUAUAAAUAAUUGAGAAUUAAAAAGCA